GUAUAUUUUAAGUUCAUAAUCUUUAUAGUCCUAUGCGGUGUAAUGUCAAUCGAAUAUCAAACUAUUGAAAAAAACCAUCUAGAUAUAAUACACUUGCAUGGAGAGAAGAUUUAUGAUUACUAUAAAUGGCUUGAAAAGAAAUCUGUUCGAAAGAAAGAGAUUCUUCAAGUCGAAGCUGAUACACUGGAAAAAUAUCUCAAUCUAAAUACACAAGAGAAUGAUUGGGUUGAAAUUAGAAAGAUAUUUCACAGUCCGAUUGAUUACGAGCUAUAUUCAGAUGUUCAAUACAUCAAUGGAUUCAUUUUUUACACGUAUAGGAAUUUUUCAAAAUCAAUUUAUAGGCCAAUUUUCAAACGAGUGAAAUCAAUGAGAGAUAAAAAUCCACAUGUAGUUUUCGAUUCAAAUAAAAUUGAACGAAGUUCAGUAAUCGAGCACGAGUACUCGCCGAAUGGAAAACAUUGUGUUUUUACGAUUAGUGUAAAGGAUCGAAUUGCGAACAAGGCCAUGUUAAUCGACGUAGAAACCGGUGAAACUUAUAAUAGUCUGGAAUUGCAUUGUUUCGAAAAGAUCGCGUGGAGUGGUGAUAGUAAAGGAUUUUUCAUCUAUCACGAUCCGGAAAGAAAGAAGAAAAGAGAUCUUUAUUAUCAUUUUGUAAAUGAAUAUCAAUAUGAUAAGCUGAUUGCGAAAAUUCGUGAAGAAGAUGAUGAUAUUGUGUCGUUUAAAGUCAGCCAUGAUUACAAAUACCUCAUUUUAUUCGAUAGUCAAGCAUUGUCUAUUGCAAAUAUUGAAUCAUUAGACGAAGACAUAAAAUUUAAACGAAUUUUCAAAAUAAAUGAAAAUAUAUCGUAUGAGUACGUUGGGAAUAACGGUGAAUUUUUCACAUUUCUCAAAAAUAUCGGAGCACCAAAACAUGAUCUAGUUGAAAUUGACUUACGAAGUAAAAGACUACGAAGUAAAAGACCUGCACGUUACAUUGAUGUUGUUGUUGCUGAGAACUUUGGAGAUCACGGUGUCUUAAAGACAGCUUUCGCAUUUUCUUCAAAUGCAUUCAUACUUCUAGUUUAUAUCGAAAGUUCACAGAGUUCUAUAUAUGUAUAUUCGUUGAUAUCAAAUCUCAUCGAAUACAAAAUUGAAUUGAUCGAUGAACAAUUCGUAUCGUCAAAAGUUGAUAAAUUUGGCUUCUUUUUUGAAACUCGAUCAUUUAAAACACAAAGAAAAGUGUAUAGAAUCGAUUUAAGUCAGCUUGUCUAUCGAGAUGCAAAAUUAGCAAAUUAUUAUCACAUAUUUAAUGAUCGAAAUCAGUUUCGGGCUGAGAGCCCACACAAAAGUUAUUCAACACUAAAACCACUGCUAUGGAAAGAAUCUAAUAUACCGAAUUUAGAUGGAAUUGAAAUAGAUGUGCAACAUGAUUCGUUCAAAAGUUUCGACAAUACCGAAGUACCAAUGACUAUUAUAAAAAAGAAGGGUGGCAAUGAUGACAAGAAAAGACCAUGCUUGUGCUACGCUUAUGGCGGAUAUGGAGACUCUAUCCUACCAAGAUUUGAUCUUUAUUUUCUUCUUUUCAUUGAGCUAUUCGACGCUAUUGUCGUGUUUAUCCAUAUCAGAGGUGGCGGGGAGCUCGGUGACGUUUGGUCAUUAAAAUCAUCGGAAAUUCAGACAAGUUUCAAAGAUUUAAUAUCGGGAAUUUGGUAUUUAAAAGGAGAAACAUACAGCAACAUUAUUGAUUCGAAUAAGAUUGCUUUUCAUGGGACAUCACACGGGGGAUUAGUUGGUGCCGCUAUAAUGAAUAUUAGCCCAAAUUUACUCAGAGCCGUUACCAUUCUAAAUGGUUAUUUUGAUUUGAUCAAUGACCUAUUGACUGGUGACAGGCUGAACCAAUAUGGAAAUAUCAAUAUAAAAGAUAAUUUUAAAUAUAUCAAACGCUACGCGCCACUAUUGCACUUAUAUAAUCCAACGAAGAGCGAAGAUUCGUACCCCACUACAUUGAUAGUUGUCAGCAAAAAGGAUGAAGAAGUCCCAUUUGAGCAAUCAUUAAAAUACUUGGCCCAUAGACGUGAAGUUUCUGUAGAUAAUGAAUUUCAAAGAGAUAAACCAACUUUAUUGAAAGUUAUUCAGAGUGGCGGUCAUAAUUAUAGGACGGCUUUAAAAAAAGAGUAUAUUGAUACGGUAUUCGUUAAACUACAAUUUUUAGCAGAAGCAAUGCAACUUAAAUUCGAUGACCAAUAUCAAAGUAAUGUACAGACAAGAGUUGAUGUUGAAGAAAACUUACCAUAA